AAUUACCCCACGGCCUUCUUGUUAUAUAGACCUAUCUUAUGUAUAACACCCCCGCCUAUUCCAAGAUUCUCUCUACACACCAUGCCGUAUAGUAGCUUCAUAGUCCUUUCUCCCAUCGCUUCCGUCUGUGUUCUCGUUCCGUCUCCAUAUCCCAACAACUACGAAGCGCAGCAGCGCAGUGCGACCUAACUAUCUAGACCCUAGAGCUAGAAACAUCUUCAUACCAAGUGGCUGCCACAUGCGCAACAGUAUCCCAUCCUCAGCAAGCUUGCGCCGACGAACGAACGAGGCCGAGCUCGCGCUCCGUUCCGUUCCAUCCCAGCACCGACUGACUCAAGAUCCUCUCUUCCUCAUGCCCCCACCAACCAUCCAUACCCCAGCUGCUGAAACCGCCCACCAUCGCAUAUCCACCUACCCUGCUACUGACCUGAACGAUAUAUAUCGACCAACACAGCGCUCACCCCUCAUCACCCAACCAACCCCAGGUCUCAAUCGCACAUCCUGCGACGCUCAGUUAGUUAAUCCUUCGAUCGGUCGCCUAUCAACCUCCCCACACCCCCGGCACCCACACACAUUAGCCACACGCACCACGCACAGUUUACAGACCCUGACCGGAAAGCUUGUCCCCCUAGCCAAGAACGUCGAAGGAUGGGGCUGUGCAGUCCGCCCCGCGUAGGUGGUACUGGACUAGGUAUGGAUAGUGGAAUUGCCGGGCCGGGUAUCGCCAAGACGCGUGCCUGGCGGGUUUUUCGUGGCUGUGCGGCGGCGGCGGGGGAACUGGGGAUUGUAGUACAGUACGAGGCGUGUCCGGUGAGCGAUGUUGGUGACACGCGCGAGAGGCGCGGAAUGCCGCACAGCAAAUACAC